AUGGGUAAUAACACUACAUCGAAGCGCAGAAUGCGGCCGCACACCGGUGCAGACGCCAUGGCUCGUCUGCUCCGACGCAGCGCUUUCAGGUGUUCACCAUGUGGUCCCAUGGUUUGUUACAAAUAUGAAGACUGCGGUCCCCCGAGUGGCAAAGCUUCCGAUGGAGGCAAACGCGCGGAGGAGGGCGGUGCGCAAAAAAAAGGCGAAAAUGAAAUUCAGCUGAGAAGGAUUAAAAGCCGCGAGCUGCGAGGUGGUAUCAUGUACUAUAGCUGUCAUUGCAUCAAGCGCAAUGGACUUCAGCACGACUGCCGCCGCACGGGCUGCGGCGGCGAGCCUGCAUGCCUGACGCUGCCCGACCCGGUGUGCGCGCCCAGUCAGCUGGCGCGCGCGCGGGGCCUGGCUGACCCCGGCCCGCUGGCUGCACACAUGCGAGCGCAGGGUGGCGGCGGCGCCGGGCCCUCCGGCGCCUCCAGCUCCGGCCCGGGCAAGAGGUUUAUCGUCUGCGAACUCAAAGGGAUCACUCCGGAAGUUGCCGCCAACAAGUCUGGAAAGUGUUGUAAGUGUCAACCCGCGACUAACCCUGCACCUAAGCAGAACCCGAAUGCUGGACAGUUUAUGGGGGGUGCCUGCAUGUAUACUCCAACUAAAGCCCCCCCGAAAGCGUCAAAAUGUCCGUGUGCUUCUGCUGCAACUGCUGCUGGGGCGACAAGGCCGAUGUUCGUGUUUGACGAGCAAAUGACUAAAAACAUUCUUCAACAUUUUGAUAGAAAGGAAUUAGCGUCUACGAAUAGUUCAGGUGGAUGGCGCGGCAACAAAUCAGUUGCACCUACUAAAAAAGAGGAACCUUGCACCAGGCCCGGUUGUGUGCACUGGCAGCCACCGCCUCCUUGCGUGUGGGACUUGCCUUGCAAAGCGGAUUGCUUCGAGGCUCAUCCCGGCAUUCAACCGGGUCGCAACCCGUUAGUUAAGGGACUUGGCGCUUUCGUUGCGGUGCCUUCGCGAUCAGGCCAAGGUCAAUCUAAUAAAACUUCGCAUCAGAACCAGAAUAUCAAAACGCUGACGCCUAAAUGUUGCACAGGUUGCUGUGCGCCGAGUGAUGGCGGGGCAUCUGCGAGUGGUGGACCCGCAGACGGGAUGCCGGUGCUGGUUAUGAAGCUCUGCUGA